CGGUCUCCUCUCGUCCGCUGGGCCGCGGUACACCAGUAAGUCUCGCGGUGUUCCCCCGCGUGAUCGCUGAAGAAGAAGAAUUGCGGAAGAAGGGAAAGGUUUCCUGACGGAUCACAGGGCUAACUAGCUAAUAAAGAUAACUACCCGUCUUAUCGGCCGUUUAAUCAGGUAUACCGGUUAGAUAGACACCCGGACCGAAGUAUCAAGAUGACAGCCGCACCUUACAACUACUCGUACAUCUUCAAAUACAUCAUCAUCGGUGAUAUGGGAGUAGGGAAGUCCUGUCUGCUGCACCAGUUCACAGAGAAAAAAUUCAUGGCGGACUGUCCCCACACCAUUGGGGUGGAGUUUGGGACAAGGAUCAUGGAGGUUAACGGUCAGAAGGUGAAGCUGCAGAUCUGGGACACAGCCGGUCAGGAGCGCUUCAGGGCUGUCACCAGGUCCUAUUACAGAGGGGCUGCCGGGGCCCUCAUGGUGUACGACAUCACCAGGAGAAGUACUUAUAAUCACUUGAGCAGCUGGUUAACAGAUGCCAGGAACCUGACCAACCCAAACACAGUGAUCAUUCUGAUUGGUAACAAGGCCGACCUGGAGGCUCAGAGAGACGUGACGUACGAGGAGGCCAAACAGUUUGCGGAGGAGAAUGGUUUGCUGUUUCUAGAGGCCAGCGCUAAGACAGGGGAGAAUGUGGAAGAGGCCUUCCUGGAAGCAGCAAAGAGAAUUUACCAGAACAUCCAAGAUGGCAGUCUGGACCUGAACGCUGCAGAGUCAGGAGUCCAGCACAAACCGUCCGCGCCGCAGGGAGGUCGCCUCAACGCCGACAGCCAGCCGGCCAAAGAAGGCUGCAGCUGCUAACCACAGACCAUCAAACAGACGGACGGACAGAAGCAGACAGAUACGUACACAGAGAUCCACCAGGCACUAACAUGCGUGUUCUGUCCAGAGAGUGUCAAACAGGAUUUAGCUGGAUUACAUUUAACAAUCCAACCAACUGUUGUCCAGUCCAGACCUGAGUUCAGUACCCAAAUCAAGAUUCAACUAUCCUCCACCCAAUAAGAUAUCUACCAGCUUCGGUUAAAUCAGGACACCCGCUACCAAAUCCAGAAACUAUCCAGACGUCUAUGUGCCACCUCUGGAUCAGUGUUGGUCAAGUCCCAAAUCAACACCACCCUACCUUAGCUGGAUCACUGUUUGCACAAAAUGAAUCCCUAAGCAUUAAUCCCGGCCACUCUUGGUCCACACUUGGAUCAUGCUAGGUCUCAUUCCAGCUUUCUCACUAUGCCCAUCACCAGACAAACUUUUCCCCUAAACUGGACGACCCUCUGGACCUCCCAAGAUUAAAGCGCUGUUGGCCUGACUCAAGUGAAGGUUGUCGAAUUUAGGACUACCCUAUAAAAUUAUUCAUUAUUAUUAGUUAACAAAUAAAGAUACAAGACUCACUUUUGAAUCAACCUACAGUUCAAAUCUUAUCUACACUUUACCAAAAUGUGGAUCACCCAAAAAAAACUUACACUUAAACCUUUGACAUUAGCUUCAGAGCCUCAACUCUUCUUGGUUCCAAUUGAGACCGCCUUCACCCCAGAACCAGGCUGGCUUGGCCCAAACUUAGUAAAUUGUAAACUCAGAAUAGCACCACCCUUAGCCCACCAACACUCAACCAUUUUCCCCAAGACUGAACCUGACUCAGGUGAGGGUAUUCUACCUUUGUCCCUAAUGUUAAACACCAAUGAGAACAAUAAAGAUUCAAUGGUUAAAUUUGGACAAACCUGCAGUCCAAAUCUGGACAACACUUCAUUAAAAAAACUCAAGCCUCAACUCCAGACAUUCCUGUGGACAGAUUCAAAGCCUUGGCCAAGCCAGACAGCUUAUUGGUCCAAAUUGAGGACCACCUCUAGGCCAAAUAUUCAUAUUUAGCUUUAAUCUGAUCUGCUAAAAAUUGGCGUUCAUGCUUUGAUGGAAACAUUUGGAUUAAUAGUCAUACUAACGUCUUAUGUGUGUGGUAUCCCAUCAUUCGUUCAGUUGGAAAAGUCUUAAAAAUUCAUGCUUAAAAUCCAAUAUUUCUAACAGAGUGGCAUGGACGUUGAUUCGAGUUGAUGCAGCAAACUCCUCAAAUUACUUGUUCCCCAUGCAGGCGUUUCCAAACAGCUGCUCUUCAAGCAAACCGGUUGCAUUUACAGUGUCGACAGGGUGGAUCAGAAGAUCCAUUUACACUAUAGUUAUUGUUGUGGAUUGGCUUUUGAAUCUGUUGUUCUUUUUGAGGAGUUCCAGCAACAUUCACACCUAAAGCUGAUGAUGUAAUUUUACUUGUUUGACUACCACUUGCGUCGAAUGCAGAUCAAAGGGGUACUCCAAGCUUAGUACACGUAACCUCUGAAAAUACUUGUGUAAUGUCUUUUGUGGCUAUGGAAGAGCUUCCUAAAGUCUGC